AUGUGGAUAGAUCACAAGUUCCAUUUGUCAAAAUAUAUCAAACAACACAUUCCACCGCAUAAAUUUGUAUUCUAUACAAAUGGUAAACACUGACCGUUGACUAGUUGAAUUUUUCCAAGUCAAUGUUUUCAUUAUCACCUUCCCGGAAUGUCCCACUCCAUUCAUUCAUUAAGAAAAUUCCACUCACCAUAAUUAUUAUUAAUUAAUUCACAUACUCAUAAGUUUCCUUCCAUUUUCAACACCACCCAAAUAUUCUCUCUUUUCUACAAUGGAUAAACGACUUGAAUUCUUCGUCGCAGGAGUAUCUUGCUUCAUUUUUAUCUCUCUUACUUUCUCUCUCCUCCUCUUCCUAUUCAACAAAUAUAAACCAAAACACCGUUGUACAACUCCACUUCCUGUCACGCGCCGCUCUUCAUUCCCACGCGCGGAUAAUUCACCUUCCAUCUCCACCUCCUUCGACCCUGCUCUCCGCCAACUCUCCAUGUCCGAGCUCUCCGAAGCCACCAAUGAGUUUGAUCCAAAGCUCAUAAUUGGUGACGGCAGUUUCGGACUUGUGUACAAGGCCAAGCUUCCAUCGGGCAUCACUGUCGCGGUUAAGAAGCUUAGUCAGGAUGCCUUCCAAGGUCUCCGCGAGUUUAGGGCGGAGAUGGAAACCUUGGGGAAGCUUCGUCACCCUAACAUCGUUAAAAUUUUGGGUUAUUGCGUGUCGGGUUUGGAUCGGGUUCUUAUUUAUGAAUAUAUCGAGAAAGGAAGUUUAGACCAAUGGUUACAAGACAUGUCAUCAUCGUUUAAUUCUUGGUGGGUCCCUUUGUCUUGGGAAUUGAGAGUUAAGAUUAUUAAGGGAGUAGCUAAUGGGCUAGCUUUUUUGCAUGGGCUGGAUGUGGCUAUAGUGCAUAGGGAUAUUAAGGCUAGUAAUGUUUUGUUGGAUAAUGAGUUUGAGGCCCAUAUUGCUGAUUUUGGGUUGGCCCGGAGAAUUGAAGGAGCUGACUCUCACGUGUCUACCCAAGCAGCAGGAACCAUGGGAUACAUGCCCCCCGAGUACUUGGGGGGUUACACGGCUGCUACUGUGAAAGGUGAUGUUUAUAGCUUUGGAGUUUUGAUGUUUGAGGUGGCUACUGGGAAACGACCCAAUUGGCCUGUUCGUGAGGAAGGUCGUGAGAUUUGGAUGUUAGAGUGGGCUAAGAAAAGGAUUGCUGAAAAUAAACAUGUUCAAGUUUUAGAUACUAGUGUUCCUCGUAAAGGUUUGAGAGAAGACCAAAUUUAUGAGUUUUUUAAGAUUGCCAACUUGUGCACCAACCAAAAGCAUUAUGAAAGACCUUCAAUGUGUCAUGUUGUGGAAAUGUUGGAUCGAAUAAUAAUAGAUUCUCAAAAGAUAUGAGAUUUUAGUAUUAUUGGUAAACAAUUGAAAUCAUACUUAUGUCAUUCAAAGAAUUAACACCCAUGAAUAUGCUUGUAACUAUUUGUAUUUGUAUAUGAACUUUGUAAAUAAUGAAUUAGUACGUACCGUACUGCCUCA